GACAGCACAUGGGGGGAGGUGACAGCAGCCCGGUGUCCCUUGUCCCCCCCAGCUCCCCAAUUUCUUCCUGAAGAUCCCGGACUACGCCCUGUACGCCCCCGACGUGGAGUUCCAGUGCCAGCACCUGCACCUGCACACGCGGGGCCGUGCCAUGUACGCCGUGGCCGUGGCGCUGUGCCGGGCCCUGGCCUGGGGUUACUUUGCCAGCCUGAGGCUGGAGGUGCUGGCGCUGACGCGGCACCCCGAGGACUGGAGCGUGCGGGCGCGGUGGCGCCUGACGGGGCUGCCCCUGCACCUGCUGCUGCUGCGCUGGUACCGGCGGGACAAACGCACCCUGCUCAGGUCCUACGACGCCCUCUCCACCUUCUUCCUCAACUCGCAGGGGCUCAUCCGCUGCCACCGCGUGGACAAGCUGAUGCCAGCCCCCACGGCCGUCCCCGAGCCCAAGAAGCUGCUGGUGGCCGCGGCGCUGGCGGUGGCGCUGGCCCGGCCCUGAAGCCACCGAGGAGGGGACACCUGAGCGCCCCUCCCCCCUCGGGCUGUCCCCUUUGUCACCUGUCCCCUCCCCCCUUAAAUUAAUGUACAGAAUAAAGGAGCCAGCGGUGACACGGGGACAGCGGCGUCCCCCGCGCGGGGCUCUGCCCCGGGGCUGUA